AGAAACAGGGAUCCAUGAUUACAGUUUGUUAAAAAUAAACUACACGCUGGUGCGUAACUAAGCAUCUGCAUCCAAGAUCAGACAAUUCAAAAUGUUACAACGCAGUGUUGAGCUCUCUGAGCAGCUCUUGUCAGCCUCAUAUUUCACGGGAAGGAGGCCGACAUUCGCCAGGGCAGCACCUGGAGUGGGAACGGACGCAUCCAGUCACCACCAUCUGCACCACCAUCACAGCCAGAUGUCUUCCUUCUUUAGCGAAAGUACUUCUAGCUCCUGUGCGUCUUCAAAUGAUCGUAUAGUUUCUACAUGUAGAAGAGGCACAAUCAGGAGAUAUCCAGGACGGACAAGCGAUCCUGAGUAUCCUCCAGCACUAAGCAGAAGCGGACCACAACAAGAUCAUGAUCACAAAGUAAAGACAUCGUUCCACAGCGCCGAGAGCGUGUUGGAUAUGGGUCCACGCGCUUUACGACGCGUCAGUGCGGAGUUUAAGGAGAAGAUUGCUAAGUUAACGGCGGAAUUGACGAAGCUGCGUGGGCAAGGCGCCAAAGACGCCGAGCAUGCAGCGCAGCUGAAGGCGUUGAAUCGGAAUAUAGACCAAGCUUUCAACACGAUGGGCAUAGGCGGAGGUGGUGCGUCGGAAUUUAUGAUUUGGUGACUGUAGUAGAGCAGUUUUUUUUACAGAAAUUUCUUUAUUACCCAAACCCACUUGCCUCUCAAUUAAUCAUACUCUCAUUAACUACAGCACUAUCUAGGUAACUAAACUUAUUUACUAGUUGUAUUCCUGCUGUAGAAGCUGUCCCCACUCUUCGUCGUUCCAAUCCUAGUACUAGAAGUGACUUUGGAACAUCUUCAACAGCAUUCCCUCUCCCUCUUCAUCCUCCUACGUUACGCAAAGCCCUUAGCGAGCGAGGACGUGGUCCGGAAUGCUUGUGAUCCUUUGCAGAAGAUGGCUACUAAGUACGAGACCGGAAGAGAACUGUUGGAUAGCCUCAAGAUGUCAUUACAAGAACUCAGAAAAAAGAUGGAAGAUAUGGAAACACAAUGAAUGAAAUUUAGGACUUCUGGAAAAUGUAGUCCUCCAUAGUUGCAAAUUUCCAUAAGAAGAGGUGAUUCUCCU